AUGAGUUUGAUGACUCCAAAUGAAUUUUAUUUAUGAUAGGAUGAACGGAAGAUUCAUUGCAAACAUGAACAACCUAGAUUUAAUUAUGUUAUUACCGUAGAUUUUAGGGUCGCUUCGAUUUUGUUGGCAUGGCAUGAGUGAAUGAGUGAUGUAACGCAUGUAAGUAAGCGGUAUUUGACUGUUUAAUUUUGUAUUGACAGGGCCCAAAAUGGAGAAAGGUAGCUGUGCACUAGAUUAUAGACAUGGUCGUAAUUGUAGGAUUGCCCUUCCUGUGGAUACCUCAAAAAUAUAGGUAAAUCUCUAUUAAUAACACUAAAUCAUUAAGAAAAUUUAGGACUCCGUUAAUAGUGGGUUGGCUCUCCUUGUAACUCUCCCUACAUAUCUUUCCAAUGUUUUUCCAUUCCUUUCAAAAAAAAAAAAAAAAAUCUCAUUUUUAUCCUUUUUUAUUAGAUUCUUCGUAUUAAUAAAUCAUUCUCUUCAGAAAGAAAAAUUGUAAAAAAAAAAAAAAAAUAAGGAAAUAAAACAAUUAUCAACAUAUGCUUACACUUAAUCUGCUCAUUAAUUGAAUUCGAUUCAAAACAAAAUAUUAAGGAGCCAAUCGAAAUUUGAUUUACAAGCCAGGGUAAGCAGCUAGGGGUAUUAAAUGAAGAUUACAUCUAAAGCUAUAGCGCCAUGGAUAGCAUUAAUGGUGGCGUUGUUGUGUGGGUUAAACAAGAAGGCUGUAGGACAAGGAUUCAACUACAAAGACGCAUUAAGCAAGUCCAUCAUUUUCUUAGAAUGUCAAAGAUCAGGAAAGUUGCCUCCUACUAACAGGGUCCCCUGGCGCGGUGAUUCUGGCCUCGAAGAUGGCAAGCUUGCCAAUGUGGACCUGGUAGGGGGAUACUAUGAUGCAGGAGACAAUGUAAAGUAUGGGUUACCAAUGGCAUUCACAGUGACAACACUGGCAUGGGGAGCCAUCUUCUAUGAAUCUCAGCUGCAGGCUGCAGGGGAGCUCCAACAUGUCCGAGAUGCUAUCAGAUGGGGAACUGAUUAUUUCCUAAAAUGUAGCUCCAGACGCAACCGCUUAUACGUGCAAGUUGGAGAUCCCCUGGUGGAUCAUCAGUGUUGGAUUCGCCCUGAGAACAUGCAAUCUGAACGUCCAGUCUUGCAGAUUGACGAACAUAAACCUGGCACUGAGAUUGCUGCUGAAACUGCUGCCGCCAUGGCUGCUGCUUCCAUUGUCUUUCGCAAAACUGAUCAGCCAUAUUCUCGCCGACUCCUCAACAAGGCCAAAUCACUCUUUAGAUUUGCUGGAAGCUAUAAAGGAACCUUCGAUGGAGAAUGCCCCUUCUACUGCUCGUUCUCUGGCUUUAAUGACGAGAUGCAAUGGGCAGCAACAUGGCUGUACAAGGCCACCAAGAACCAAACCUACUACCAUUAUAUUGAGGAUCAGUCUAUUGAUGCUACCAUAAGCGAAUUUAAUUGGGACCUCAAAUAUGCCGGAAGCCAGAUUCUUCUCACAGAACUGUAUUUUCAAGGGCAGCAGACCUUGGAUGAGUACAAGAAGAUGGCUGAUAGUUACAUAUGUUCAGUACUCCCCGGAAGCCCUUAUGCCCAAGCUCCCUUCACUCCUGGAGGACUGCUUUACAUGAGAGAUGGAGCCAACUUGCAAUAUGCUACAGCUGCCGCUUUUGCAUUCAGUGUCUAUGGUGAUUUGCUUGCCAGAUACAACCAGCAGGUUAUUUGUGGUGGCAAGCAAUUUGGUUCUGCUGACCUCCUUGCUUUUGCUAAGAAACAGAUGGAUUAUAUACUGGGAGCAAAUCCACAGCAGAGGUCAUACAUGGUAGGAUUUGGAAAGAAUUUUCCACAACAGCCACAUCACAGGGGAGCAUCAAAUCCUAUUUUGUCAAAGUCUGAAGUAGUGACUUGUGCUAAAACUUUUAUGGACUAUUUCACUAAAAAUGCUCCAAACCCAAACGAACUCACUGGUGCCAUCGUAGGCGGUCCAGACAAGAGUGAUAAUUUUGAAGACCGGCGUCACAUUGGGAACAUGGAAGAACCCUGUACCUAUAUUAACUCUCUUGCUAUUGGCGCCUUGGCUAGAUUAACAUCCUCAUCCUAAGAUACCAACACUUACAUGGUUGAAUAGAACUUAAUGGCAUGCAACACAUUCCCCACAUCAUAUGAAGACCAGGGAUAAGAUGAUUCCGUGAUGUCAUCUCUUAGGUGGAUGUUAAGUAAUUAUGGUAAUGACUAAUAAGCACAGAGUUUUAUUUUGCAUGUAAACAAACUCUGCAAAGGACUACAACCAGCUCAAAUAUCUAUAUACACAGAGUAAUAUAUUUAUAUGUAUAUGCGGACAUGCCAAACAAUUGUGUGCAACUAAAUUCAGAAAACACAUUCAAUUUUUGU